CCAGAUGGCAGCAACACGCCUGAAAGUAGUUUAUCAGCAAAAAAAAAACACAGAAGAAAACCCCACAACAACUGUCAUGGCCGCCUCCUGCUCGUUCGUGUGCUGCGGAGAGGAGAAUGAAUCCGAUAAAGCCGCUAUUGUUCGCUUUUCCAAUGGCUGCGUCAGCAACGCGGACCCCCUGGAGUUCAGCACGUACAAGCACACAGACGAGAAGAACCCGAGGAAGAAGAGCAGGCGCAUCCUGGUGGCCGAAUCAGACCGGCUGAGUUAUGUUGGCCAGAACUUUGGAGCGGAGUCAAUGAAAUGCAACACUCUCUGCAAAUAUUACGUUGGCGUGCUGAACAAGCAGACCAUGCAAAUGGAGGUGCACAACGCCGUGCUGUUCAACCUGCAGCCCGUCAUCCCAGGGGAGACAGCAGCUGCCAAAGCUCAGGAUACGUCCACUACUACCUACAGAGACAAGGUUGACAUGUUGAUUGAGGCGUUUGGCACCAACAAACAGAAACGAGCCCUGGUCUCCCGCAGGCUGAACCAGGUCGGCAGCAACGCCCUGCACAACGCAGUGGCUAAGGCUGCCACCUCAGUGAUCGACAAGAAGGGUCUGGAAGCUCUCCAACAGGAAGUGGCUGAGACAGAGUCCCAGGGGACCGUGGCGUCCCACCUGCCUCCCUGCAAUCCAAACGCAGACAAGCGAGAGGAUGUUUACCCAUUUGAUGAGCUCCUGAGUCCCAUGGAGCUUGCUGCCUUGGAGGUGCCCGGAUCCAAGAUGGCGGCACUCACCCCAGAGGAGCUGCAGAAGAUGAAAGACGAAGGAGGGUCCCUGAGCGUUGUGAGGCAUUUAGAGACCAUGCCAACUGUGGGCGAAGCCAGAGAGAGAACAUCGCGCUGCGCCUUUUACCUCUCCAUGCUCCUCAAGAUGGCGAGGCAGAAGAACGUCCCACACAAGUUUGGACAAGAUGAAGGCUGCCCUCGCAUCAUUAAGAACAAGCUGUUUAAAACUUUCACCGUGGAGACUUUCAACAACGGGAGAGUGCAGAACAUCGUGUCAACAUCGAUGCGGGUCAAACUAGCAGCGUACAGCCUGGCUCUGGUGCUGCACAUGGGUCACAUGACGGCGGACCUCUCCUUACUGCAUCGUGAUCUUAGAAUCACUGAAGCCAAGAUGAUCGAGGUUGCAAAGUCAAUGGGGCUGUCUAUGAUUAAGCCGGCGAGGACCAAAGGGAGCGAUGCAGUGCUGAGCGACGACCACAGACAGGCCACCGUCGUCCUGCCCCUGGUCAAGUACGAUCAGUUCGUCGAGCGGCGGAAACGCAGGAAAAUGCAUUGAGGACUGUGGAAAAAAACUUAGAGACGCUGCAGGAAAUGGAAUCAUCACAAAGAGCUGUUUAUUGUGUUCUGUAGACAAAUAAAAGUGGGUAGCUUU